AUGGCCCGUAGCACUGCCGUUGACCGUGGUAGCAUGGAACUAGACGCUGUAGGAGUGUGUAAUGGGCAUUCGGUUCCGCUUCUCAUACAGGCGACCUGGUAUGUGGUUGGCGUACCCGUCGAUGCCAAUGACUCGGCAUGCGAGACUGGUGAAACCAUCAAUGUCGGCGUCGGUGUGAUUUCUAUAGGCAAAAUAGCUAAUGGUCGUUAUACUGGGUUCGGCGUUUGCGACCUGGGCCGAUAUGGUAGAGACGAAGAACCGGAUCACGCGCACUUUAAAUGA